AUGGCUCUGAACUGCUUGGUUGGUUACAUGACCAACAAUCACGAGGCUCCUCACCGAAAUCUUAAGUUGGAAGGGUCUGGAACGGGUUUCAGGAUUUGGGGCUUCUUCAUGUGCAAUUUUCUACGCGUGACCUAUGCUCCCGUCGUGAGAUAUGAUGGCAUGACAUAUACGGGCAUAAUUUGUCUCAGGCCGCCUUCGAUUUGCAACCACCUGUUGCCAUCUGCAACUCUUAUUCUGCCCCACUUCCUGAUCUAUUACCAAGCUACUCAUGAUAGCUAUUUUUCAUGGUAUCCUGACUUUGUACGACUAUCCACAUCAUGGAUCUAUCACAUACGUAUUCACUUCCACUGGAAUGAGUAUCUUGUUUCACAGGCAUCGAAGCACAAGGCUUAUAGUCGAGAAUAUCCGACAGCAUCCGACAAAUUGAGUUCUUACAGUCCAGGAAUGAACGAGGUUUCCUACGGAGGGUACUCGGCUUUAUUCACAGCAACAAGGGGUGGAACCGUUCAUCCUCCGGCCGAAACUGGUACACCAACUGCUGGGCCACCUGAAGCUCCGUUUCAGUUACUCGUGAGGCGCCGCAUUGUCGUUAUGAAGAAGCCAUGUGCAUUAAGCAGGACAUGUCUAGAGUUCAAGAGCGCCCGGUGCGCAUAUUACGAAGUAAGAGCGGCUAUUAGAAGAGCGAUUGGCGAAAUCUGCGGCCAACCUCCGUUACAAGAUGCGAGUGCAGUGUGGUUUAAUGAUAUUUAUCCCAUUGGCUAUCAUAAAAAGUGUCAUUCCUACUAUCUUUUCAGCCAUAAGAAACUUCAAGCUCUUUUGAUUGCCUUGUGGAGUCACCGCCCUCUGCUUCUUUCCCUCACUAUACCGCCUUCUACUACACUUCUUGAAAAUAUUCUACUAUAUAUUGAAAAUUUCCUGACAACUUACUGA